AUGUCAUCAUCAUCUCUUCUAUUCUAUCGUACACAACGACUACCAUUAUUCCUUAUUAUUCGUUCAAAUUCAACAGCUUCCACCACAUCUCGUGUACAAUCCACAACAAAAUGGAAACGUUUAACUUAUCAAAUUGGAGGCAGUUUAGUGGCAGUGGGCACAUUGGGUUAUUGUUGGGCUCGUUCACAAGCUCUUUUAGCCUCAUCUGACAAAGCACAUCCUGCACAAAUACCGUGGACAUUUAAUGGUCCAUUUUCAUCGUUAGAUCAUGCGGCAAUUCGUCGUGGUUUUGAAGUUUAUAAACAAGUGUGUGCCGCGUGUCAUUCAAUGAAAUUUCUUCAAUAUCGACAUUUGGUCGGUGUCUGUUAUACGGAAGAUGAUGCUAAGAAAGAAGCAGCCGAUAAUCUUAUCGAAGAUGGACCAGAUGAUGACGGACUAAUGUUUACACGACCCGGAAAAUUGACUGAUCAUGUACCACCACCUUACAAGAAUGAUAAAGCAGCGAAAGCAGCUAAUAAUGGUGCAUUACCACCAGAUCUAUCGUUAAUUUCUUUAGGUCGUGGCGAUGGUCCAAAUUACAUUUUUAGUUUAUUAACCGGAUAUCAAGAUCCACCAGCCGGCGUUAAAGGAGAAGAAAAUUUACAUUAUAAUCCUUACUUUGGUGGUGGAUGGAUAGCUAUGGCAAAACAACUUUACGAUGAUCAGAUUGAAUAUACAGACGGAACAAAGGCUACCGAAACACAAUUGGCAGCCGAUGUUGUCUCAUUUUUAAAAUGGUCGGCUGAGAGAGAACAUGAUGAUAGGAAAAAGAUGGCCGUUAAAGGUAUUUUAAUAUUUGCUCCAUUAUGUGUGUUAAUGUAUCAUUGGAAACGUGUUAAAUGGGCAUCAAUAAAAUCUAGAAAAAUUGCAUUUUAUAAACCACCAUCCAAAUAUUCUGAAUAA